AUCCAACCCAAUUCAGCUAGAGAGCAAGCCAGCCAUGGAUGGUAUGAAUGGUAUGGAUCCUCAACAUGGCAUGGAUCAUCAACAUGGCAUGCCAUCAGGCCACGGCCCUCUGACGCACAUGACCUUCUUUUGGGGCAAAAACUCCGAGAUUCUCUUCUCAGAUUGGCCUGGAGAAAGCUCUGGGAUGUAUGCGUUAGCCUUGAUCUUUGUUUUUGUUCUGGCUGUCCUUGUUGAGUGGCUCUCUUAUUGCAGAUUGAUCAAACCUGAAUCCCACCAUGUAGUCGCCGGUUUGAUUCAGACUUUCGUGCAUGCCAUAAGGGUUGGUCUUGCUUACUUGGUGAUGCUGGCCAUCAUGUCCUUUAAUGGAGGCGUUUUCUUGGUUGUUUUGGCUGGACAUGCCUUGGGGUUUUUCCUUUUUGGUACUCGGAUUUUCAACAAAGCAACACCUCCUCCACCCCUAGCUAAAAGCGCUGAUCUUCCAAACUCGAGCUGUUGAUAACAUGGAUCGAAGAAGCCAGAAAUUAAGCAAGAGUUACAUAUAUAUGUCACUUUUUCUCUUAUAUUUUGAUUUUUAGUACUUCUCUUCAUGUUUUUCUUUGCGUUUUCUGUAUAAAUUCAACGUGAAAUGGUAUUAUUAUGCCUGAUAAUUUCCAUUUUAUGCUCCCAGUUGUAAGAACAGAAAAUCUGAGAUGUUUUAAUUAUACUUGGCUUAAGUUAUUGUGCGUGA